CUCUGUGCUCAUCAACUCAAAGCUUCCCCUCUCUCAUUUGUAAGUUCUUGAGGUUUCAGGAGACCUAGAAGUUUCAGAAGAUGUCUUGCGGUGGAAGCUGCAACUGCGGUUCGAGCUGCGGCUGCGGCGGCGGAUGCGGGAAGAUGUACCCUGACUUGGCCGAGAAGAGCGCCGCCGCCGCCCCGGCGACGGCGACCAUGGUCCUCGGUGUUGCACCUGAGAAGGGGGGCCUCGAGGAGGGUGCCGAGAAGGCCGCGGAGUCCGGGGAGACCGGCCAUGGCUGCAGCUGCGGCUCCGGCUGCAAGUGCAGCCCCUGCAACUGCUGAUGGACAAGGUGAUCUGUGUUCAUACUCUUCAGCCUGUAUGUGUGUGUGUGACUGUGUGAGUAAAUAAGGAGCCGUCCAGAGUUCAAGACACCCAGUGUGAUCUGACCAUGUGAGUAUCAUGUAUGAACAAGAGUGAAACACAUUGUGAUGGUGUGAAAUGUGGAUUGUGUGUGUGAUUGGGGAACCGUGUGGCUACCAAGCUUCUGUUCAUCCAAUCGUUGUGCUGUCCAGUGGAAUAUAAGCCGAUUUCCUUGUGCA